AUGCAAGACAUCGAGUAUAUACUUAAAUUUACACUAGAUAGUACUUUAUUGCGUCUAGAAGACAUAAAAGAUAUAAGUGAUGCUGAUGCUAUUUCUUCUUUUAAAAAAAAAUUUGGUGACACUAAAACGUUAAAGUUAUUUACAAAAGAUGAUCAGACGUUUCCAAUGUUUAAUAUACCAAUUUCCGAAGGCUUCAAACAUACAGUGAAAUAUUGUGAAGUGGCUGUAGGAGAUUCAUUAUUUGUUACUAGGGAGUAUUCAAGAACACUUAAUCCACCGGACAAUUAUGAAAGUUUUAUUAUUAAUGAAAAAUCAGAAAAGUUUAAAUUACUUUUAGAUGAUAAUAACCUUAAUGUCAAAGACUAUAGCUAUGUAAUAAAAGAUUCUAGUAGGAUUCUUCCCCUUUAUUCUAUAACCUUUGAAUAUGACGAAGAAUUGGAGCUUAAGUCAAAGGGAUCGUUUGUAUGUGACAGAUGUCGAUCAAAUCAAUCAAUUUCAUUCUGUCCAUCAGAGCGCGCUAGUUUUUGUGAAAAAUGUGACGAAGAAGUGCACUAUGAUCAAUUUCAUAAAAGACACAAUAGAUACUAUUUUAAUCAAUGUGGUAGGCGCAAAUUUAUCUAUUGUUCUAUUCAUUCUGAUACUCUUGUAGAAUACUUUUGUAUGACAUGUACUAUCCCGAUUUGUACUAAGUGUAAAAUUAAUGGCAAUCAUUCUGAGUUACCUAAUAGUGGUCAUGGAUUAGUUGGAUAUCUUGAAGUAUGUGAUAUUUUAAAAAAUGAAGUUAAUGUGUCAAAUCAACAACUUGCUCCUGUUGUGGAACACUAUGAGAAAACCGUAGAAUAUUUUAAAAAUUCGUGUAGACUAUUUCAAACAAAUAUAUCAGAGACCAGAGAAAAGAUUGAAAAUGAAUAUAAGGCUAUAAUGGAUGAAUUAAGUUUAUAUGAAAAUAGCCAAUAUCAGUGUAUUAAUGCACAAUACAUUAAAAGUAUUUGUAAAAUGGAUUAUCUAGAAAGAAUGAAAGAAUAUGCUAUUUCAAUGGAACCUUCUUUACUAGUUUGCAAUUUUAAAAGUGUUGUAAAGCAGAGAAAUGAAUUGGAUGUAGAUUGUGAGAUUAGUUACAGUCCAAAGCAUAUAGAUUUACGAGGUAAAUUAAGCUUGGGCGAUCCUGUACAAUUAGUCCCACGACAAGGUCAAUCUCCAAGAAUGGAUAAAUCUACAAAAAUGUACGUGGAGACAAGGGGAAAAAUAUCUGAUAAACAUGAUUUUUAUUAA